AUGCUGAAGGGGAUCGGGGGCUUCGUGUUGGGCUUCAUCUUCCUGGCGCUGGGGCUCGGCUUCUACCUGCGCAAGCAGCCCCGACCCCGGCCCCGGCCUCGGCUCCUCCCGGGGCCCGCCGGGGACACAGGCGGCGCGGCCGCUCCCGCCGCCUCCGCAGCGUCUUCCCCGCUCCGAGCUCCGCCGCUCUUGAGCGCGGCCGCCGGCCCCGAGCCGCCGGUGUCCGCUUCAAAAGAGCCAACAUGUGGGGAUGGCCGGCCCGGGGCGGUUGAGCGGCGCUCGGGGGCCGUUCCUGGCCCCGGGCCGAGCGCUGACGGCCGCGUCUCGCCGGCACGGAAGGCGCAGCAGGGCCUGAAGGAGCGCUACCGGCUGGGUUCGCUGCUGGGGCGCGGCGGCUUCGGCAGCGUCUUGGCGGCGACGCGGCUCUCGGACGGCGCCCCGGUGGCCAUCAAACGGGUGCCACGGAACCGCAUCCACCAUUGGGGCCGGCUGCCCGACGGCACCCGAGCACCACUGGAGAUCGUGCUGCUGCACAAGGUGUCCGCUGGCUUCCCCGGCAUCGUCCAGCUCCACGAGUGGCUGGAGCUCCCCAACAACGUGGUGAUGGUGCUGGAGCGCCCGGAGCGGUCUCAGGACCUCCUUCACUUCAUUCGGGCACGGCGCUUCCUGUGCGAGGAGGUGGCGCGGCACCUGUUCCGCCAGGUGCUGGAGGCCGUGCGGCACUGCACCAGCUGCGGGGUCCUGCACCGGGACAUCAAACCGGAGAACAUCCUGCUUGACCUGGCCACCGGGCAGGCCAAACUCAUCGACUUUGGCUGUGGCACCUACCUGCAAGCCGCAGCCUACACCAGCUUUGCAGGAACACCGUCCUACAGCCCCCCGGAAUGGAUCCAGUUCGGCUGGUACUACGGCGAGGCAGCGACCGUCUGGUCCCUGGGCAUCGUGCUGCACCAGAUGGUCUGCGGGGAGCAUCCUUUCAGGAGGGGCUGGAACAGCACCUGGGGCCGGCUCUCGCUCCCACGACGGCUCUCUCCAGAGUGCCAGGAUCUCAUCCGGCGGUGUUUAUCCGUGCUCUCCUCGGAAAGGCCCUCAUUAGAAGACCUGUCCUGUGAUCCUUGGAUGCAGGAUAUUCACGUGCCAUAGGAGAAGGGAGAGAGCCACACGCACGCUUUGACCCAGGGAGCCGCGACAGCCGGGGCCCUGGGCAGAGCACUGACAGCCUGC